UUCUCUCCAAAAAGAAGACAUCUAAAUCACUCAAGCUCAGCUAUUAUAAUCAGAUUUAGAAUUUUAAACAUUUUAUCAUUUUACUUAGUAUCAAUCAGAGAGCUGUCGUUAACGGGUGUGGCUGGGGUGAUAUUUGGCUCUAGGGCCAAUUCAGAGUAAGCAGGGUAGGCGUUCGGAAGAAGACAGUUAGAAGCUAGGCGAAUCUCUUCGACAGCAGCUUAAACAGUCCUCAGUUAUACCUAAUAGGGUAAUACCCACAGGCCUAGAGGAUCGGGCCCUUUAAGACGGAGAGCUGGUCCAGCACCUCCUGAACAGGGGUAACUCGGGAUCUAACAUCAUGCUGUGGGACACCAUUCUUUGGGUUCCUGGGAGAGGACUCACUUCUCACUCACAAUGACUCACUUGACAAAAGUUCAACCAAGAUCACAAAUAAACAACCUCACGCAGACGUCAGAAAUCACGUGACACCUUCCCCGCUCCCUCGGCUGGGCGGGUCCACUGUAAAAAGAAAAGGAAGAAGCAUUCAGUCUGGUCAUCACCUUCAUCAUCUCUGCUUCUAAAUAUGUGACCUAACCUGACAACGAUCGAGAGAUUAUCACUGUAGAUCACUGUAGGCGGUCCGCUGUCAACAGAAACUACAGAGAAGAAAGAAUAAGUCAGUCAUGGUCGCUUUAACAUGGCCGCCAUUCGUGGCUUUGUUCGCAUGUUCAUGGAUCGUUGUUCUGUGUCAAGAGACACAGGAGGUGACAGUGAAGCCUGGAGAGGACGCCACUCUUCAGUGUCGGGGUCACAGAGGUGCUGACAUCAUACUGAUAAAGUGGAUCAGACCUGACCUGAAGUCAGAUGAUUAUGUCUUCUUCUUCAGAGACGGCCGCUCACAUGAAAACUACCAGCAUGAAUCUUUUCGUGGUCGAGUGGAGCUGAGAGAUCCAGAGAUGAAGGACGGAGACGCUUCUGUGAUUCUAAAGAACGUCAACAUCAAUGAAACUGGAACAUAUGAGUGUCGGGUUAAAGAGGGAAACGAGAAAGCUAACAAAGCUGAAGUCAUCACCAUUGUCAACAUGACAGUCUCAGGUCACACAGCUGGACACAAGGAGGGAGGAGACAAGGAGGGAAAUGUUGGACUGAAAGUUGGUCUGCCAGUUUGUGUGAUUCUUCUUCUUGGUGUUGUUGUUGUUUUUAGAAAGAAGAUCUUUACAAAAUGUAGAGAAUGCAAAGACAAUAAUUCUUAAUCUGCAGAGUAACCUGUGGGCAAUCUGUCAGCUACAUGUUUUCAUUUCACAUGUUUACAAUGAAGGAACGAUCAGAGCUGUUGAUCCUGUUAAUGCUGCUCUGAUCUGAGCUGGAAUUAAAAGCAGGUCAACCAAGACCCACCUGAGCUUCCAGGCAGCCGUCCAGCUUUCAGGUUGGACAGCGAGCAUUAUGUCCUCAUUUAAAACCAGGAAGCUGACAGUCCAGUCUGACUCUUUAUAUUAUAACAGACAGACUUUAUAUCAGUUAUUUGUUGACUUAUGAACAGCUUCCUGUCUUUAGAGCAGAGAUAACCAAGAGUCAAUAAACCGGAUAAAAACAAGAUCAUCAACUUUCUUUAAGCGUAACUCUGGAGCUGAGAAACAAAAGCGAAAGCUGAUGGCUCUGAAUGUCUGUCUGGGCAUGUCCCUGUGAUUAGAAAACAAAAUGGUGGGACAUUUAGAGGGCAGAGUUUGGCAUGAAGCAGCUCUGAGCUCAUUUUAACUUCACCAUCCCCCACACGUCUGUCUGAGUCAGGAUGUGGGUUCAGUUCUUCCUCCUUACUGUUGGCUGGCAGAAACAUGAGAACAUCAUGUGUGUCUGAAGACACAGUUUUGUAGUUUCCCUCUGUGACACAUCCACCAUUGUGUCCUGUGGUGUAUAUAUAUGUGCAUUUGAAAUCUUUUUGUUUUCGAGACUCAAUUAAGUCUCGCAUGGGGGAAUAUGUGGUGUAUAAUAUAUGUGCAUUUCACGCAUAACAGUUUAAAAUAGCACUGUAGCAGCAGGACAGAAGAGCAGUGAUUGGUGGUUAUGUAGGGACCGAACCCUUCUAUAGAAUUUGA